GCUGUAGUGCCUGGACUCAAUGCAUGGAGCAGCUAUCUUGGAAAGGAAAGAAUAACAGGAAGAUCAGGGAAGGAAAGGGGAACUCCGAGUACCACCAAACUGGCACUGCAGGACCAGAAACUAAAAUCAGAGACCAAUAAAGAAGAGACGGGUCCUCCUGCAAGUGUUUCUCCUUGCUUCCUAAUUAAAUGUCAGUGACCUCACUUCUCCCUCUCCUGAUUGACACCCAGCUGUGGGCUUGCUUGGCUCAAGGAAGAAUCAUGGAUCUGUGAACUUUGGCAGAAGGUGUUAAUGGAGGAGCCCAAGGCCUCAGCCCAGUGAGGGUUGCUGUUUAAACACUGGCUGAUCUACCAGGGAUUUCAGAUAUUCACUGGACACUCUAAGCUGUUGACCUGAUCACAGACACCACAUCCAAAGAACUCUCCGCGUCCAUUCCCCUGCGGUCAGUUUAUCCUCCGCCCGCCUGGCUCUCCCGGCCCAUCGCCUGCGUCGGUUGGGACGCGUCGGAGGGUCUCUGCUCUUCGCAUCCUCCUCCAUCUCCUUCUUCCAAGAGCGCCCCAGCUUCCUCCAGCUCUCACCUGAACCCCCGAAGCGCAGUUUCUUCUUCUCUCCGGACUAAAGCCGGACCCGCAGCCGGUGGAAAAGUCCCGGAGCCUUCCACACUAGGCUGCAAGCUACUUGUUUAACAAGUCCAAAGGUCAGCUAAAGUUUGGCUGAUAAACAGAACCAGGACAAGAAUCUCUUCGGCCCCCUGGCGUGAGUACAAUGGACCCUGGCAGCCCCGCUCCCGGCCCGGGUCUCUUGCUCUCCCCGUCUGCCCCUCACGCUCUCCCUCUCUCGGUUUUCCCCCCUCCCCACGACCAUUUGCAUCGGGCCGAAAGCCGGGCCCUCCCCGCUAAUUUGCAUAUCUUAUAUGGCCUAAUGGUGGCGAUCAUGGCAAGUUAGAAGUUUUCUGACUCCUCUCGGAGGAGACUCCGGACCCCGGGGAGUAACAGGUGUUUGGAGGCUGAAGGGUGGGGGGGUUCCUGGACUUGGGGUUCGCUUGUGAAACUCCCCUCCACCCUCCUCUCUCGCACCCACCCACCCCCCCACCCCCUCACCCCCUUCUUUUUCUGUCCUUGGAAAAUGGUGUCCAAGCUCACGUCGCUCCAGCAAGAACUCCUGAGCGCCCUGCUGAGCUCCGGGGUCACCAAGGAGGUGCUGGUCCAGGCCUUGGAGGAGUUGCUGCCAUCCCCGAGUUUCGGGGUGAAGCUGGAGACGCUGCCCCUGUCCCCUGGGAGCGGGGCCGAGCCGGACACCAAGCCGGUCUUCCAUACUCUCACGAACGGCCACGCCAAGGGCCGUCUGUCCGGGGACGAGGGCUCCGAGGACGGGGACGACUAUGACACCCCUCCCAUCCUCAAGGAGCUGCAAGCCCUCAACACCGAGGAGGCGGCGGAGCAGCGGGCGGAGGUGGACCGGAUGCUCAGCGAGGACCCUUGGAGGGCUGCCAAAAUGAUCAAGGGCUACAUGCAGCAACAUAACAUCCCCCAGAGGGAGGUGGUCGAUGUCACCGGCCUGAACCAGUCACACCUCUCCCAGCAUCUCAACAAGGGCACCCCUAUGAAGACCCAGAAGCGCGCCGCCCUGUACACCUGGUACGUCCGAAAGCAACGGGAGAUCCUCCGACAAUUCAACCAGACAGUCCAGAGUUCUGGAAAUUUGACAGACAAAAGCAGUCAGGAUCAGCUGCUGUUUCUCUUUCCAGAGUUCAGUCAACAGAGCCAGGGGCCUGGGCAGUCCGAUGAUGCCUGCUCUGAGCCCACCAACAAGAAGAUGCGUCGCAACCGGUUCAAAUGGGGGCCCGCGUCCCAGCAAAUCUUGUACCAGGCCUACGACCGGCAAAAGAACCCCAGCAAGGAAGAGAGGGAGGCCUUAGUGGAGGAGUGCAACAGGGCGGAAUGUUUGCAGCGGGGUGUCUCCCCCUCCAAGGCCCACGGCCUGGGCUCCAACCUGGUCACUGAGGUCCGCGUCUACAACUGGUUCGCAAACCGCAGGAAGGAGGAGGCAUUCCGGCAGAAGCUGGCCAUGGACGCCUACAGCUCCAGCCAGACGCACGGCCUGAACCCGCUGCUCUCCCACGGCUCCCCGCCCCACCAGCCCAGCACCUCCCCUCCCAACAAGCUGCCAGGAGUGCGCUACAGCCAGCAGGGAAACAAUGAGGUCACUUCCUCCUCAACAAUCAGUCACCAUGGCAACAGCGCCAUGGUGACUAGCCAGUCUGUUUUACAGCAAGUCUCUCCAGCCAGCCUGGACCCGGGCCACAAUCUCCUCUCACCUGAUGGUAAAAUGCAGAUCUCAGUCUCAGGAGGAGGUUUGCCCCCGGUCAGCACCUUGACGAAUAUCCACAGCCUGUCCCACCACAAUCCCCAGCAAUCUCAAAACCUCAUCAUGACCCCCCUCUCUGGAGUCAUGGCCAUUGCACAAAGCCUCAACUCCUCCCAAGCUCAGAGCGUCCCUGUCAUCAACAGCGUGGCCGGCAGCCUGGCAGCCCUGCAGCCCGUCCAGUUCUCCCAGCAGCUGCACAGCUCUCACCAGCAGCCCCUCAUGCAGCAGAGCCCGGGCAGCCACAUGGCCCAGCAGCCCUUCAUGGCCGCUGUGACGCAGCUGCAGAACUCACACAUGUAUGCACACAAGCAGGAACCCCCCCAGUAUUCCCACACCUCCCGGUUUCCAUCGGCAAUGGUGGUCACAGAUACCAGCAGCAUCAGUACGCUCACCAACAUGUCUUCCAGUAAACAGUGUCCUCUCCAAGCCUGGUGAUGCCCACACAUCACUUACUUUGUGCACAGCAACAAGGACCCUAUUUUCCACACCAUCACCCUCCAGGCAGCUGUCGCGGAAAAGCGCAGUGACCUGACAAGCAGCACCUGCGAGAGGUCCCUGCUCACCUGACGUCCUGCCAGCGCCUCGGACAAUCCGCUCUGAGAGGCGCGGCCCAGAGCCCAGCUUCCCUUCUAUGCAGUAUUGUCACGAUGCCUCUCCCAAGACGUCAAGCUCUCCCGUCCGGUCUGUCCUAAAGGCGGGAGAUGAGAAACCGAGGAAGAGGAAGAGAGAAAGCCGGAGCAUCUACAUUAUGCUCCUUCAUCGAACAAACUGAUGUGAAAACUUGAAUCUGUUACUGAAGUGAGGCGAGGAGGACACGUGCUAUUGAACUGAGCCAAACGCACUGUAAAUAUCAGCAGCUCCCUCCCCCGCCCCCCUCCCGGCUGAUCUGGAAAUUUCUUUUAAAGAAGUAAAUUUGUCCAAUGGGUGUAAACUAUAAACUACUGUAAUUAAGUGCAAUUUCCCCUCUACUUCCUCUCCCCUCUGCCCUGUGUAUAAUACUAAAGUGUCUAUCCGUUUUCUUCGUAAAGGUCAGAGUUGAAUUUUCAAAGUGAUUUGCCCCCUCUGUCUUCCCCCACGGAGAAAUAUCUAAGGUGGAAGUGAAGCCCCUGCCCCCUUCCUCGGGCCCGGGCACACACAGGGACUGUGUAUUUUGGACUGUCUGCUAGCUCACUCCAAUCUCCUGAUGUUAAGACACACCUCUGGAUCCCUGGAAGGGCUGAGCAUAGUGUCAGAGUAACGUCCUCACUUCCGGUGGGGUUGGGGGAUCAGCCAGUACCUCCCCAGGAAACCCCAAGACAGGGACACUGGCUGUUUGAUAGCACAAGGAAAAGUUGCCCUUUCCGAAAACCUCCCAUUAAAACAAUUUAUUUUGUCACUGCC